UGGAUUACUGCAUGAACAACACAAACUCCGCUCAGCUCAUCCUAGUCCAUGCUGUUGACUAUUUUGAUAAAAUACAGCAGAUGCACCACUUGAAACAGCCACUCUUAUCCUACCUGAUUAUGCCUGUGCAAAGAAUCACAAAAUAUCAGCUCCUGCUCAAGGUCUGGGUCAAGCAUCGUCGCCUGGGUCAAGCGUCGCGUCGCGUCACACCUGCUGAUUGUGGUCAUCACCACCCAACCGUCGAGAACAUUCCGUUCUAGCACACUAUCUGCUGUAAUCAUUUUCUUGCCACAUUCUCACACUGCAACUUUUCAUCCACAGACUUUCACACAUUAAGCAGUAUUGCAAAUACAUCGCCUUGUUGAUUAACUUUUAUACAUUUCAAUUCCUUUAUUCCCUCUCAUGGCCUCAGCCUACUGAGGCCAUACCACCGACAAUUCACAGUCCAAACUCCCGGAGGGCGACAGCCGUCUGCUCCUCCCGGGGGUCCUUCUGUGGAAGCCUCAUGUACUGUCCACCUGGUGGGAGUGGUCCCAGGGUCCGCUCGAUUGUCCGGACAGUGAGAGACCUAAUACAUGGUAUACAACAACAUCCGCAUAGCACCAUGAUCGCCGCAAACACAGCAAUAGAAACUAGCACAGAGUCGAUCAAACCUUUGUAGCUUCCAAACAUACUAAGCCAUUCAGUGUACCAAUUGGUAUCCACUCCUGAGUGGUCUUUCAUUUUCUUACUCAGUGUCCGAAGUCCAUCCAAUG